AUGGUAGAGAUCAAGGACGUCAUGGAUGAAAACCUCCUGCAGAUUGACAAGGUUCUCAUGGGAAAUCGUCCUCAGCGCCUCAACCUGAGCCUUGCUGCGCUCAAUUUUGAUCUGCUUGACAAUCCACAGCUGGGCCUCGUGGCCUCCGGAGAAAUCUGGGUGCCGGUCGCCACCAAAUACUAUACCCAAGCCUUGAAUCUCUUGAUUCAGCAACUUCGCAGCCCUGCCCCUGAGGAUGAUACUCUAAAUGCCGUAAUUAUCCUGAGCAGCUACGAGGUCCUGGCGACUCAAGGCCAAGAGUAUCGCCGACACUUCGAAGGAGCUACGAAGCUUAUUCAGAUGUACGGUAUCAGCGCGCAAUCAGUCGGCAUUGACCGUGCAAACUUUUGGAUCUGGAUUCGCCAUGAGAUUACGGUGUCCAUCACCAACGAGAUCCCCUUGCAGAUGAGCCCUGGUUCUGGAACAUCCAUUGGCGGCAAGGGGAAACGGAAGAGGAUAGCCUGGGGAAUCAAGUUUUGUGGCUCGUCGGUAGAGCUCUUGACCUGGUAUAUGGCAAGGGAGAAUUAUCCGAAUAAUGCAGUUUGCUGCAUGAGGCGGAGAAUUGGUGCGCAAGCCUGUCUGAAUAUUUUUGAGGUAUCAAGUAUGCGGACCCAAUUAAAGAUGGACUACGCAAGAUACACUUUGCUGUCCCUGCAGCUGGUGAGCUUGGAGCAUUUCUUCUGA